UCAAACUAUCAAACAACCUUACACGCAUCAAAUAUAUAUUAAAACCAAAAAUACAAAAUUCCCUUUCCGGUGAAUUUUGUAUAUUGAAGAAGGCUUUGAUUCUGCGUUGGUAUCUAUCAUUCAGUGGGAGUACAUGGACUCCAAGUCACUGAGAUUCAUCAACCAUCAAUCCUUCUUCCUGGCCGCCCAAUCGGGUGACCUCGACUCGCUCAAGCAACUCUUAGCAGCUCAGAGCAAUGGGUCCGGGUCGGAUUCCGACCCGACAUCCCUCUUGGCCUUGCAGAACGAUGCGGGGAAGACGGCGCUGUACGUCGCCGCGGAGAAUAAUUACGUCGAGGUGUUCGGGUUUCUGCUCGGGCUCUGUGAUUUGCCGACGGUUAAGAUCAGAUGCAAAGCCGAUUUGGAUGCCUUCUCCGUCGCCGCCAGCCGCGGCCACUUAGGUAUCGUCAAGGAGCUUUUAUCAAAGUGGCCCGAGCUUUGUAAAGUAUGCAACUCCUCGAACACAAGUCCUCUUUAUUUGGCUGCUGCCCAAGGUCAUCUAGAUGUUGUAAAUGCGAUUCUAGAUGCAGAUGUGAGCUCCGCGAGGAUUGUGAGGAAGAACGGGAAAACCGCUUUGCAUAACGCUGCAAGGUAUGGUCUCGUGCCGAUUGUAAAAGCGCUUAUUGAGAGAGAUCCGGAGAUUGUGGCGAUCAAAGAUAAGAAAGUGCAAACCGCACUCCAUAUGGCUGUUAAGGGUCAUGAUACGUCUGUGAUCGAGGAAAUAUUGGAUGCUGAUCACUCGAUACUGAAUGAGCGGGACAAGAAGGGUAAUACUGCUUUGCACAUUGCCACGAGAAAAGUACGACCACAGAUUGUGAACGUGCUGCUGACUUACACCUCGAUAAAUGUCAAUGCUAUCAAUUAUCAAAACGAGACCGCAAUGGAUUUGGCGGAUAAACUCCAAUAUGGAGAUUCCGCUUUCGCAAUUAAGGAAGCUUUGGUGGAGGCCGGUGCAAAGCAUGCCAGAUAUGUUGGCCAAGUUGACGAAGCGAUGGAACUCAAGAGGACCGUGAGUGACAUCAAGCAUGAAGUCCAGUCUCAACUUAUACAAAACGAGAAAACCCGAAGGCGUGUUUCUGGCAUUGCCAAAGAGCUCAAGAAGAUUCACCGAGAAGCGGUUCAGAAUACGAUCAAUUCCGUUACUGUUGUGGCGGUUUUGUUUGCUUCCAUAGCUUUCUUGGCUAUAUUUAACAUGCCCGGCCAGUAUCAAACCGACGGUUCAGAUGCUGGGAAAGCCAACAUUGCUGAUACCGUUGCUGAUACCGCUGCUUUCCGUGUCUUUUGCCUAUUGAAUGCCACCUCGCUCUUCAUAUCCCUAGCGGUGGUCGUCGUUCAGAUCACCCUCGUUGCGUGGGACACCCGGGCUCAGAAGCAAGUUGUUUCGGUUGUGAACAAGUUAAUGUGGGCGGCUGGUAUUAGCACUUGCGGAGCAUUUCUAGCCGUCGGAUUUGUAGUCGUGGGGAAGCAAGGUAUCUGGAUGGCCAUUACUAUCACUGCCCUGGGCGCGCCUAUUCUCAUCGGGACACUCGUUAGCUUGUGCUACUUUGUCUUCCGCCAGCAUUUUGGAAUAGGUAGUGAUUCUCAAAGGCGGAUAAAAAGGGCGAGCGGGAGCAAAUCUUUCUCGUGGUCUUAUUCCACGCAUAUAUCCGAUUUGGACGACUACAACUCCGAUGAGAAGAUCUAUGCUCUGUGAGAUAGUUUUAGGUGAAAAUAUCAGCAUUUAACUCUGUAGAAUACCACACUUUUCCUGUUCCCAGAGCCCAAGCUUUUUACCACAUUUUCCUAUUAGAGCUAUGGGAUUGGUGGUUUGGUGCUUGGUUGUUUUACACAGGUGUUAGAGCUGUGGGAUUUGUGUUUCAAAUGCCAUGAAGAGAGAAUGUACUUUAUGAUCACAAAGCUGGCCUGAUAGUGUAAAAAUAUGUAUAUAGCACUGUAUUACAACUCUUCUCAAAUCUAUAAAAUUUUUGUACUUUUUAGA